AUGGCUGUUGACCAGGUCACCAACGAUGAGCCAAAGGGAGGCAGCGUCACAGCCGAGGCAGCUGUGGAAGCCAUUAAGGCCGGGCGAAACAAAGAUGUGGACAUUGCUGCACAGAUCAUUAGCGACUACGCGGAUCAAAUGGAUGGAGAACAUUGGUCUGUUGAGGAAGAAAGGAAAUUGAUCCGUCGAAUUGAUUGGAGACUGAUUCCCACUCUAUUCGUUUGUGCGACUCUAUCGGGGCUUGAUAAAACUGCUAUUUCAGCGGCUGCCAUUUACAACAUCAAGACGGAUCUUCAUCUUACCGGGAAUCAGUAUUCAUGGAUUGGAUCAGCCCCAUUUUUUGGUGGACUAGUAUUCAUGGGCCCUUUGGCCUAUUGUCUGCAAAAGGUCCCUGCGGUGCCGUUCUUCGCUUUCAAUGUCCUUUGCUGGGGCAUCCUUGAAAUGUGUAUGGCAGCAUGCACCAGUUUUAGAGGCCUUUUUGCGUGUAGGUUUCUUUUGGGUGGCUGUGAAUCACUGUUGAUCCCAGCUGUCACAUUGGUUGUCUCGAUGUGGUAUCGGCCUGAAGAACAGCCAAAGAGAAACAGCAUCAUUCUUAAUGUGGUCGCUCCGAUAAUCAAUGGCUUUGUCGCUUGGGUCGUUGGGUAUUACAAUGGGCCAUUCGAGACAUGGAAGAUUAUUUUCCUUUUAGUUGGAGCUCUCACGAUCGUCACGUCCGUCGUGGUGUAUUUUGUGCUGCCAAACAACCCGCUGGAAGCCAGGUUCCUUAGCCCCCGGGAAAAAUACAUCGUCAUUCAGCGCAAAGCAGCCGAUAAUACCGGUAUCGAGUCAAAGACCUUCAAGAUGGACCAAGUCUGGGAAGCUAUCUUUGACAUCAAGACAUGGCUGAUCUGGAUAGCCAUUGCUGCUUUGCAGGUGCCAAAUGGCGGGCUGACAACGUUCAACACCCUCAUCAUCUCGGGCCUUGGCUUUGAUUCCCUUCAGACCUCGCUUCUCGCUAUGCCUCCUGGUGCCAUGAGUACUCUUUCCGGAAUCGGUCUCUCUUAUUUGGCUGCUACUACAAGACGGUAUCGUACUGCUAUUGUGACGGUCUCUAUUCUUCUGCCUCUUUUUGGGGCUGUGCUGUGUUAUGCGUUGCCGCGGACGAACCUUGCUGGUCAGCUCGUUGGGCUAUACAUCUUAUAUACAUACUGGGCUCCCUACGUCACACUGGUCUCGGUAUACCAAGCUAACGUUGCAGGUCAUACAAAGAAGAUUACACUGUAUGCCUGGUUCUACAUUGCGUGGGCCACCGGAAACAUCAUUGGGCCCCAAACAUUCCGAGCAGAUCAAGCCCCGGAAUAUACCGGCGGCACUGUGGCGAUGAUUGUCUGUUAUAUCGUUGCGAUGUGUUCUAUUACAGCGUAUGGCCUGGUCUGUCAUUUCAGCAACCAGAAGCGCGCAGACGCCAUCGAAGGUCGCAUGGCUGCCGACCAUGACUGGUUGGAUAUGACGGAUAAGGAGAAUGUGGGUUUCAAAUAUACUACCUGA